AUGAAUGCUUCACAAGACUUCAAUCAAUCAUUUAGGGAAUUUUUAAAAGUUUUUAAUGGUAACUUAGAGAUUUUAGAUAAAAAUCUCAAAGAUUUUCACUCAGACUCAUAUUCAAAAUUUUCAGAAAUUUUAAAAAAAGAAGUUCAUAUUUUAGAAGUUGUUGAUGCUCAAUACAAAGAGCUUUAUAGAAUUACCAGGCAAGAUAAUAAAGAUCUUUCCAGUCUAGAUAAAAAAAUUGUUUCCUUUUUAAAUCAAUUUCCUUUAGAAUCAUUGAAUCAAUUUUUAGAGAAAAAUUUUACAUCUACUUUGUCUUUGAGUGAUAUCAAUGAAAAUCUUUUAGAUUUUAAAGCUUCUUUGAACGAGUUUUGUGAGAACCGUGAGAGUGAGAAACCAAGUGUGGUCCAGAAUGAUCUAGUUAUGACCACACUUAUUGAAAAUCUUCAUGAAAAAUUGAUCCAAAAACUUGAGAACAAACUUUAUCAGGAUACUAGUUCAAGUGAUGAAAUCAAUAAAUUCCUCCAAGACCAAAACCUUGCCGUUGAAAAUGAAAAAAUUCAACGGAGCAAUUUUCAAGAUUUUCUCACUAAGAGUGUAGAAGAAAUUAAAGAAAAUCAAACACAGUUUGAAAAUUCUACUAAUAGUAAAUUAGAUAGGAUUGAAAACAUGUUGCGGAAGCUGACAAAUGACAAUCAGCGAGACGUAGAACAUGUUCAGGAACCAGUACAAAGCAGUACCUUACCUAGGAACAGAGUUGGAUCAAUGGUCAAAGCACUAUGUUGCAACCGGACAAUUCAAUGGUAG